UUUUUAAAUUUUAUUUUUCUGCAAAAUUAUGGAGGCAUUGCGCAAAAGGAUCUCGGGCUUUUUCUUCAAGGCACAGCCAUCGAAUCUCGAGGAGCCGAAUCCCCAGGAAAUACUAGAUUUCGUGGAGAAGCAACGGCGAGAGGAACACGAGAAAUCCUUGGACCAGAUCCGGUCUGUGUCUCAUCGUGAGGCCGCAACAGAUUCCCUGGAUAAAACCGCUUCCGAGGAGCAGUCCCCGGAGGAGGGUUUUCAUUUGCGGAGUUUCUUGUGGCAGCGAGAGCCCAAGGCAUCCAACUCGAAAGCCAUCGACUAUCAGCUGGAGUUUGUCAACUUUGUGGAGCGCAAUUCCCCCCGGGGUUUCCCCCAGAAGCUCAACGAUAUGCUCCCAUACUUGGGCACUGGCUUCGUGGCCUGGCCAUCCUUUUGGAUGUGGCGCGGCUACCAGUGGCAGCAGAAAAGGAAUACGGAACGGAUAGUUUUCUAUAUACAAAGGACCUAUCAACAGGCGAAACUCCUUCAGGUGGCCAUCCUGGCCACAGGUCUCAUGAUGUCCUUCACUGGGCACCAUUCCGGGAACAUACUGAAGGUCCACGAUGUCGACUUUAAGAACAAACAAAACCAGGAUACCGCAAAAUCGGACUAGACCCGCAAACAUCCAAAAAUUGUACAACCCAAAGAUAAAAAUCAUGGGGCUCUGGAGCUAUCUUGGGAGAGUGAAC